AUGAUUUUUUUAAAUAAAACUGCAUUUACUGCUAAUAUUGGAAGAUUAUCUUCCAACUUUUGUUUUACUAAAGAAGGAAAUCAUAAUAAACGAGAUCCUCGAAUAGUUGGUGGAAAUGAUGCAGAAAAAAAUGAAUUUCCCCAUAUGAUUAGUUUAAAAUUUCGUGGUGGACAUUUAUGUGGUGGUAGUAUUAUAAAUGAAAAUUGGGUAUUAACAGCUGCUCAUUGUCUUUGUAAUGGAUUUAAUGAACAAGUUAAAAUUACCCUUAUAAAAGGUGUAGCUGGAUUAUAUAAAAUUUCUGAUAAUGAUAAAAAUUUUGAAAGUGCAGAAAAUUAUAAACCGUAUGAGUUUAAUUUCAAAAGAGCUGUAAUUCAUCCUAAAUACAAAUGUGCAAAAUCUGAUAAUGAUUUAGCAACAGUUAUUGGUUGGGGAUGGACAAAUGAGGAUCGUUCUCAAGGUGUUCGGUCAGAUAUUUUACAAAAAGCGAAUGUUAGAGUUUGGAAUAAUGUUCUAUGUCAGCAAUCUUUUGCAAAUAACCACAAGAAGAAUAUAAUAUUGGAAACGCAUUUGUGUGCUGGAUAUGAAAAUGGAGGAAUUGAUUCAUGUUGGGCUGAUUCUGGUGGGCCACUUAUAUAUGAGAAUAAAUUGAUUGGAGUUGUUUCAACUGGAAUAGGUUGCGCUAGACCAGGAUUGCCUGGAAUUUACACAAGAGUAAACAGAUAUAUUGACUGGAUAUUGGAUGUUUUGGAAACUUAA